AUGCAGCAGAACGGCAUGCCCCGCCAGGGCCCGUCCAACGCUGCCACCUACCAGCACUUUGUCAACUCCUACCGCGCCCAGCACCAGCAGGCCAAGCUGCCCCAGGGCUGGCAGCAGUCGACGCCGCUCGAGGAGCGCGGCCAGCUGGCCUUCCAGUUCUUCACCCAGUUCCGUCUGCUCAAGCAGGAGACGCCCGAGCUGGAUGCCAUGCGCACCUCGAUCCAGUUCGAGAACCAGGUCUUCCUCACAUCGCAGACAAAAGACCAGUAUGUCUCCAACAUCAAGCAGAAGCUAAUGCAGAUGACUGCCGCACGCCAGCAGCAGUCCCAACGCAUGCAGUCCAGCCUGGGCAACAUGAACAUGCAGAUGAACGGGAUGAACCCCGCCCAGAUGAACAUGAUGGGGCAGCCUGGUCCGCAAGGCCCCCGCCAAGGCACGCCGCAGCAGUUCAACCAAGGUUUCCCUAACGCCCAACUUCGGCAGCCGAUGCAAAUCUCUCCAGUCCCCAUGCAGCAAGGAGGCUCUUCGAUGGGCAUGAAUGUCGGUACGCCUAAUCUGAACCAAGGGCAGCAGAACCAGCAACCGAACAUGCAGCAGCAGCAACAGCAACAACAGCAACAGCAGCAGCAACAACAGCAGCAGCAACAGCAGCAGCAGCAGCGACUGCCACAAGAAGGCCAGUUCAUCAACCAACUAGCCAAAAAGCUGUUGGACAGUUGCACGGGCGAGGUUCGUCUGAAGUUCCAGAACGAAGUCAACGCAUGGCCAGAGGAGAAGAAACAAACGCUCCUUGCGCAAGGAGUUGAUCCCUUGUUUUUUCGCUUCCGGACGCACGCCGAGCUGCUCUACCGGAACGGCAAGGUUUCCAUUCCCAAACAGCUGGGCGCGAACCAGAUGGGUGGGCAACAGGGUGCCCAGUCCGUUCAGAUGCAAGCCCAGCAGUCCAAUAUGGGCCAACGGCAAUCUGAUCCUGCUUUCGACUUCAACGCAAUCACAAACCAGCAACUGGGUGCUGUACGGCUACAGGACUCGGGUGCAGAAGUUGUCCCAGCCAGCAACAACAACAACAAUAACGGCCAGAUGUCUUUUGGGCAGGGUGGCCAACAGCAGAACGCUGCCAUGGCACAACGACAGGCUGCCCAGGCGGCAUUCCAACAAAGCCUCCAACGCCAGGCCAAUGCGUCUCAGAUCCAAGUAGCCCAGGCACAGGCCCAGGCUCAGCAACAGGCCCAAGCGCGUGCACAACUCGACCAGCAGCGACAGCAAGCUGUGUUGCAGGCAAGAAACCAAAACCAACUACUCCAAGGACAGAUUGGUGGUCUCAACCUCCCACCAGGUUCUCAGCAAAGCCCAGCCAUGCCGUUGCUCACGCGACCCAUGAACCCACCAGGUCAACAAGGACCCGGAACGCCACAACAACGCCCGCCACAAGCACAUGUCCCGCAGAUGACACCUCAACCUGGCCAAGGACAGACGGAGCAAGUCUCUGCGUUGUUGCGCGAGGCACAGCAGAGAUCCGCUGCCGCUGCCGCUCUGGGUCAGCCCAGUGGACCUCUCUCGGAUGCAGCGCGCUUGGCUAUGAUGCCAGCAGAUCUUGAUCCCAAUGCGAAACAACAGCUGCUGAAGGUACCGGAGCAAAACUUCCGUCAGAUCCUUGCCAACUACAUGACCACCCAACGAAUGAACCAGCAAAUGCAGCAGAACGGCAUGAUGGCUGGCGGGCCUGGGGCUCAGGGACAACGAAACAUGCUCCCGUUCAACCAACAGCCAGGCAUGCAGCCGGGUAUGGCUGGUCAGAUAAUGGGAGGGCCGAACAUGGCCAACAUGGCUAACAUGGCCAACAUGGGCCGGCCUGGGAUGGGUCUUGGGCAACAGACGCCUGGUGCUGUUGGUGGGCAGCCCCAGCAGAUGGCACAGCGUGGCAUGUUGACACCACAGCGCAUCAUGGCUGCACAGGCUCUGCUCCAAUCGAAUCCUGGCAUCAUUGCAAACACAGAUGGUAGGCCGUUCCCUCCAGAAGUAGUUGGUCCACAAGUCCGACAAAAUCUACCUCCGGAUGUGAAGAGUUGGGGACAACUCAAGCAGUGGGCUGUGCAGAAUCCGGGCAUCCUGCCCCCUACCGAGACGCAGAAGCUACUCAUGCUGCAAGUAAUCCACUUCCAGAACAUGCUGCAGCGACAGCAACAGCAACAGCAGCAGCAGCAGAUGCCUGGCGGCGUUCCUCAGCCAAACAAUGCUCCGGGAAUGGCGCCACCUGCACCAAUGACCCCAGGACAAGGCAGGGGGCCGCAGCCUAUGAACAUGGCGAACCUGCCUCCCAUCAGCGUCACACCACAGGAACUACAAAUAUUCCGACAGAAGAUGGCGCCACAAAACCCUCAGGUCAUGAAUAUGCCAGACGAGCAAUUGCGCUCGAUCGUCAUCUCGCAGAAGAUGAAGAGCAGACAGCAGCAGCAGGCAAUGCUUGCACAGCAGCAGCAACAGCAGGCGGCGCAGCAACGAAGCAUGAUGCAACAGCAGCAGCUGCAACAGCAGCAGCAACAACAGCAUCAGCAGCGGGAACAGCAACAACAGCUACCUCAAGCUCAACCUCAGCAAACUCCACAGCAGCAGCCAAACCGGCCUCCGACCGCCCAGGCUGCUCAGUCGAUACCACAGCAAAAGACACCUGUUAGGCUACCGCAAGCGGCACAGCCUACGCCGAACGCUAUGAAGAACUUGAAGCGGCCCAACGACGACUCUGCCGAGGCCAAUGCCGAUCAAUCUGGCGGCAACGCACCUCAGGCGUCUAUGGUCCCUCAAAGGCCUAUGAACCUGACCCAGGAGCAGAUGUCCAAGUUGACACCUGCACAACAAGCUCAGGUCAAGGCUCAGCUCCUCAAGGCUCAGGAUGCUUCAAACGCUGCCAAUGGCAAGGCGUCGCAGCAAGCACGUCCAGUGCCGAGCGCCGAAGACAUGCGUGCUCGCAUCAGUGACCCAGUCCGGAUUAACAACCUCAGCACGAUGAUGAAUGAGGUUGAGAGGACACUGCCUGCUGGACAGCCGACACAGAUCCCCCCUCAAGUGCGCGCUUCACUGCAAGGGACUCUGCAGAAGCAGCUCUCCAUGCUGAAGAAGGUCGAUGGAGCAAUCCGGGCUUUCUAUGCGUCAUUUGACAUCGAUAGCGGCUCAGAGGGUGUCAUCCGUCAAAUCAUGACAGCACGUUGUUUGCUGUACCGCGAGAUGAAUUUGGAAACUGGCAUGCUCAACGACCAAAUCACACUGCCAACAGAGGGUUUCAAAACCCACCUCCGCACCAUUCUCAACUUCGUCACCAAGAUCGGAGCGAGAAUGUCGCAGACACAACAAAACCAGAACGCCAAUGCUCAGGCUGGGCUACAGCAGGCCCAGCCUGGCUCGGAUCCCUCGCUUGCUACACCUCCCGCUCAGCUGAAUGCUGCUAAUCUCAAGCAACACACUGAGUCGCAGCAGCGGGGCUCGAAUUCGAAAGCCCCUAGCGCACCUACAACGGAUCGUCCACCCUUCCCGCUUGGUGGUGCGCAGUCGCCGAGCGGAGCUCCCAAGUACUUUGAUGAAGCUCCUAGACUCACAAACCUCGUUCUCCCCGACAAGAAGCGUCAAAGGAUGGACGGAGGCAGUGCGAGUUCAACCCCAGGACCCAAGCCCUCACCCCGUAUGGGCGCUGGAAAGGGCAACUCGCCUGAGCUGAAGCGACAGCAAGCACCUGACAGGCAAGCACCGCAGAAGCCCACCUUCAAAUGCAAGGAGGCUGCAUGCGAAUACUCUGUUCGAGGAUUCGACACGCAGACCGAGCUCGAGGCACACGUCAGCAUAGCACACGCCAUCCACGACAAUCCUCUUCAGUUCGCACUCGAGUCCAUGGCGGAGUAUCUGGAUGUGGAUGUAAAGACAGGUGAACUCAAGGCCGACCCCCACGCUUCAAAACCAUCAGUCAAGCCUGCACCUGCACCUGCCCCUGUGCGUGCUCCUGCACAGGCCAUCAAAAUGGAACAUGGCACCGCACACGCCCUGACUCCUGCGGGGCAUGCGGCCACCCCCAUGGCACGCAUACCGACACAGACCGGUAUCAAGAACUCGCCAUCGGCCAACCUGCUCAAGACACCGCAGCCGAUGGUCAAGGUUGCCACGCCUGGCACUGGACCUCACGCCAAACCUACCCCGACUAGUGCAGUCAAGUCGAUUGUGAAGGAGUCUGCACCUGUUACCGCAGCACUACCGGAGAGACCACAGGAACUGCAGCCUAUGAUCCCGACAUCACUCCUUGACUGCUCGUACGAAGAGACCUUUGCCGUGCUUGACGCCAACGGCCCCUUCACCGUCCUCGACCUCAAGGAUGUGGACAACGCGUGGGCUGUCCGUUCGCGCCCCAGCUCGCCGACCCAAACACCCGACUCGUCAGCAAAGGACACGCCCUCGACACGGCAGUCGGACAUCUCCGAGAACGACAACCUCCUGAUCAACCUCGACAUCGACAUGCCCGAUGCAUGGAUGAUGGGCAUGAACGGCGACGCGCUCCCGCUCGACAUGCAGCUCUCGGACGACCUGCAGACGCUCGGCGUCUCCCUUCCCCCCAUGGACAGCGACGAGAUGAUGCUGUUCCCCUCGCUCAUGGACUUUGACGCCAUGGAGAAGCAGAUGGAUGGCAGCCUGGCGGGUCUGGACGCUGGCAUCUACUGA